AUGAAGGCAACAGAUACUGCCCUGGCUCGCUUCUAUGGUCUGCCAAAGAUCCAUAAACCAAAUGUCCCAUUGCGGCCAAUUGUUGCCCUCAAAGGCAGCCCCACCUAUAAUUUGGCUAAAUGGAUGUACUCGAAGCUAAAAUCCUCCAAGACAACUCUGAUACCUCAGUCCGCUCAGCUUCCAAAUUCCUGGCUGACCUCCAUGGACGAAGGAUUCAAGCAGACGAAAUGA